AUGCCUGCUGCUCUACAUCAUGAGCCCGCCCAAGUUGUGCUUCCUCCUAGACAAACCAGUAGCCUCCUCGAGCACAAGAUCAUGAACGACGAUUAUUCCCACAAUGUCGCUAUUAUGGACCGUUCUCAUCAUUCUCUUCCUCUUCCUCAUCAUCAUUAUUCCUCUCCUCCUCCCUCCCACGAUGGAUACGCCAAUUCCUUGCCCCAGAUUCAUCUCUCCUCCAUCAACCGCGCCAAAGUUGCCUACAACCACAUGGCCUCCGGUGGUACUUUGGAGUCCUACAAGCCUGUCACCCCGUUACCAUCGGCCAAGGAAAUCCCCAUUCGUGAACGCUCCUCUUUCUCAGAUCGAUCUGGCUCCUCCAGUCCGGGCAAGUCGUCGAGUUCCAGAGAGCUGCAGCCGCAGCAACAACAACAACAAUCCGUGGCCCAGUUUUGUCUCUGUCAACCCGACCCCAAGAUCCCCAGACCACGUAAUGCCUUCAUUCUCUAUCGCCAACACUAUCAAGCUGCAGUGGUAGCUCAGAACCCCGGUCUGGCUAACCCGGAUAUCUCCAAGAUCAUUGGUGAGCAAUGGAGGAAGCUUCCCCAGGAGACCAAGGAUGAGUGGAAGGCUCUCGCAGAGGAGGAAAAAGCUCGCCACCAGCAGCAAUAUCCUGAAUACCGGUAUCAACCCCGUCGAUAUGGCCGUGAUGGAAACCUUCGCAGUAACGUCACACAAACUCCUUCUGGCUCGACAGUAUGCAAUAAGUGUGGUGGUCGAAUCAUGAACCCGCCAGUCUCGCCAGACGCUCCGUUCACACCAAAUGGAUCUUCUGCUUCUAGUAAUGGGACCUCGCACACCGACACCUUGCCUGUCCGUAGCUAUCAGUGCCGUACCAAAGACACUGAUCGGCCCCCAAAUCCUAUCCGAUUUGGAAGCAAUGGCGAACCCCGGCCAUCCCGUUCGCGACAAUGGGAAGAGAGUGGAUCUCGAUCGCCAGAUUCGAAGCGUCGCCGGUUCAAUCCCUAUUCCUUCAAGACAAACCUUCCCCGUGAAAAGACUCCGGACUCGCCAUAUCCGGUGUCUCCGUAUGCUUCACACUCGGACUCACGAGGCGCCACCAGCAACAGCAUGCUUCACAUGUUGCAUCCUCCACGGCCGCAUCCCAAUAUGAAAACUCAUCAGCCUCCACAUGAUCCUAGUUUGAAGCUACCGCCAUUGCAAACGACUGCUUCGGCACCCGGGAUCAUGACCCCAACCACGCCCUUUUCCCAGAACGGAUCGAGUUUGGAAAGCACAGUCAUGACCAUCCCGUUCCUGAACAAGAUCAAAGUUCUCGCCAAAAUCUCGCCUCCGCUGGCUCCCACUCUCAGGGAUGCUUCUCAACAGCAACCACGGGGUCCAGUUAUUGCUGUCGACGGACAAGACCCGGCGUUGGUGAAGGCCACGGUCGAGUACCUGGAAAGUGCUUUGCAGAAGGAAGGGAGAUACAGUGUCCGAACGUUCGACGGGCCAGAGGUCCGCCCCCGCGAUGCGUCUUCAGAAUCAGGGCAAAUGAAGGAUGCCACGGUGGAUUACCUCGACACCAUUUCCGCAUGGCACCGAAUCUCAGACGAGAUUAUCAACUUCGUCCGGCCGUCCGCCGGGUCUCCCAUGAUGAAGCCAACCGACGAAGAGGUCCAGUCUGGCGUCUCGCCAAAGACCAUCCUCUCCGAAGCAGCGAACCUGCAAAUCGGGUCACCCAAGGGCAGUGACAAUGGAUCCGCUGCGACACCAUCGCCAUCGACGACAAGCUCUAGCGCAAGUCCCAUUGCUCUGGUGCCUCGAUACCAACUCACCACCGCCGACGCAUUUGCCUGCUCCGUUCCCAUCCACGACUCGUACGCGCCGCUUGACCAUUGGCAAUGGAUGGCUUCCCUCUGGCGUGCAUGUGUGGGUCCCGACAUCACGGUUUACAUCCGGGAAUGCGAGAAGGAUGAACUGGACCGACUUGGAGGCAAUCUUGUCGAGGUGCGUCUUCAUGAUGCGCGAACUGUUGUCGUGCGAAAAACGACAGGCACUCCGAAAGGACUUGAGGAGAAAGUUCUCAGACGGGUAGGGUUCGAGAUUGAGGAUUUUUUGACACAGUAA